GUGCGUUGCCGUGGUGCGGGUUGCCGAAGUGAGUUCGAAACUUGUAAUUUUUUUUUUGUUUUUGUGUAUGUCUUCGUCAUUGGUCAUGGAAGUGCCAUUGGAUACAGGAGGUUAAAUCGCAACAAUAGUGAAGUGUGGAUUGUUUGAUUAUGUAUGAAAGUGGUUUUUUGUUGUGAUGGAGUUUAACAAGUGACGUAAACAGGUUUUUCGCAGUGUUGUUUGCCAGCCUUGUCAGCCCUUCACCUGGAUUUUCGUUUCAUUGCUUCGCACAUUGUCGCUUCAGUAAACAAAGAGAUGAACGGCGGCGUCGUGUCGGAGGCUGCGGCCAAGAAGCAGCAGGAGCGAGAGACGCUGCGCAGCGUGAUCCAGCAGUGGAACGCCAACCGGCUGGACCUUUUCGAGCUGUCCGAGCCCAACGAGGACCUGGAGUUCCACGGGGUGAUGCGGUUCUACUUCCAGGAUUCUGGGCAGAAGGUAGCCACAAAGUGCAUCCGUGUCGCAUCUGAUGCCACCACGCAGGCCGUCAUCGAGACCCUGGUCGAGAAGUUCCGGCCAGAUAUGCGUAUGCUCUCUGUUCCUGAGUAUGCGCUUUAUGAGAUCCAUGAGAAUGGAGAAGAGAGGAGGUUGGGAAUGGAUGAGAAACCUCUGUUGGUGCAACUCAACUGGCACAUCGAUGACAGAGAAGGCCGAUUCCUCCUCAGAAGAAUUGAUGACAAAACAAAUGUACCUGCUGUGGGCUUCCAGGAGGGUGGUUCGAGCUUCAGGCGGAAGCUCUCAAAACGUGAGAAAAAGCAGCUCAAGAAACAAGAGAAACUCAACAAGCUUAAGGCUGCUGCUCCUGCUGCCACAAAGGAAGUAAAUGAUGGAGGAGUGGCUGAGAAAUUAUACACAGAACUCCCAGAAACGAGCUUCACUCGAUCAAUCUCGAACCCAGAGGCUGUCAUGAGAAGAAGACGGCAGCAGAAGCUAGAGCGUAAACUUCAGCAAUUUCGUAGCAAGGAUGGAGGGCCUGACACAGGUGGAACACUGAAGAUCUAUGGAGAGAGCCUGUGUCGUGACGUACCUUACAAGACCCUAUUGCUGUCUGUCCGUGACACUGCGCAGCAGGUUGUGCGAGAGAUGCUAGAGAAAUAUGGACUUGAGAAGGAAGCGGACCCAUCGAAUUAUUGUCUUGUUCAGGUGAAUACAGCAACCCCAGCUGAUGCAGGCGAAAGCAAAGAAUAUCAUGGAGGAACCAACAACAGGGAAUACAUCUUGGAUGAUGAUGAAUGUCCACUUGCUAUAUUGAUGAACCAUCCAGCAUCGAGGGGCUCCAUCAUGUUCCACGUGCGCCGGCGGCCCGCGGACUACCACCCCCGCAAGCGCAAGAAGAAGCCGCUGCAGAAGUGGAACAAGGGCAGCGAGCUCAGCGACUACCGCUACGAGGAGGGCUACGACCGCCUGCCCUUCUUCCUCGAGCUCAACCCAGAUGGGUCUGAUGUGGUAAGUGGGGUCCCGAAGCGCCACCGCCUGCAACCCAAUGUGACGGAGGUAGGCAGUGAGCGGCCAGCAGGGCCUGCUGGGCAGCAGGCGCAGUCGCUACAGCUGUUUGGACCCAACAUCAGGCCGCGACACUGUGUUGUCGCCCAUACUGAAGGCAUCGUCACUGUCACCCCCUGUUCUCGGGAUGCCGAGACCUACGUUAACAACCAGCGCAUCUACGAGACAACUAUCCUGCAGCAUGGUUCAAUCGUGAAGUUCGGCCGUAUUCACAGCUUUAGGUUUAUCGAUCCUUCUCAUGAUGACAGGACGAGGCAGCGGCAUGACAGUGCUCGGCAGGCACUUGACUAUUCGUAUGAUCGUCAGUCUUCCCGAGGUGACGAUGCUGUUAGCCACGGUGGUGCCUCCACACCGGCGCAUAGUGGUGGAGGCCAGAACGGUUCCCCUCCACAGAACUAUGAGACGACGUUUGAUGUGGAUGGUAACGUUGAAACUGUGUCUACAUCUAGUCUGGGUAACAAAGAGGAAACACGUUCACAGAGGUCUGUUGGAAGCAGUAAUGGUAACAGGCUAUCAAACUACGAGCGGUAUCCAAGAGGAUCGGAUCCAAUUUUACCUGCAGUGCUGGAGUUCAGGGAGGAGACGGAGGACGACUUCUUACACGCAGUGAUCACAAGCCUUGAUCCUUCUGGCCCACAUUUCAAACUGGCACCCACGUAUACCUUGUACUUAGUUGCAAGGUACCGUGCCUCUACCCACUACAGGCCUGAGCUGACACCCACAGAAAGGGCACACAGGCUCACAAUGCUUCUUGCCAGGGUUGCCGCCAUGAUCCAUAAUGUCAUACAGGAGAGGUACAAUGAUGCCAAAUCGUUAGCAUUCUGGAUGGCAAACUCAUCAGAACUGUUGCAUUUCCUAAAGUCUGAUAGACAUAUCUCGGCAUUCUCACUAGAUGCUCAGGACAUACUGGCAGAGUGUGUUCAAAGUGCAUUCAGGAACCUUGUAACAUGUCUGCAGAAUGAUUUGGCUAGUGUUAUGCCAAGUUUUAUGUCAGAAAGUGAUGAAUCCGGUCUCGAGGAGGAUGGAGCUGCGUACCAAAAGGUCCUCCAAGUCUUGGCAUCCGCAAUGGAGUUGUUGAGGAGAUGUAGAGUGAAUGCAGCUCUGACCAUCCAGCUGUUCUCACAACUGUUCUACUACGUGAACACCUGGUCCUUCAAUGCUGUAGUGACAGGCUCCGGUUACUGCAGCCGCGAGUGGGGUCUGAGGUUGAAGUCACGGCUGGCGCAGCUGGAAGUGUGGGCCGAGCGACAGGGGUUGGAACUUGCUGCGGACUGCCAUCUCGCUCGAAUAAUUCAAGCUGCUCAUUUGUUGCAGGCACCUAAGUACAAUGCCGAGGAUCUCAGUGCACUAGUCUCUACAUGUUUCAAACUGAACUCACUGCAGAUGAGAGCAUUACUCAGUAAAUAUCAGCCUGCUCCUGAUGAACCACGUUUGACACCAGAACUAAUUGAAAACUGUGUCAGGAAAGCAGAAAGUAAUGCAGAUGAACUGGUGCGCCAGGACGGACGUGAAAUCCAGUUGGAAGAAGAACCUGAACUGAGAUUUGCUUUUUUACUACCAGAAGAUGGCUACAGCUGUGAUGUUGUUCGAGGGCUUCCACAAGGCCUGACGGACUUCUUGGCACCACUCCAGCAAGCUGGUCUUUGUAGGCUGACACCACAGCCAACUUCUGGUGGCCUGUGGACCAUAUAUAUGGGGUCCACACCACACCAUGACCAUGCUGGAGCAAGAAGCCCAAGUGCUCUCAGCAAUCGUUCUGGAGGUUACCCUGCUCAUGCACAGCCGCAACAUCCUCUGCCAGAACCUGAGAUAAAAGUCAUCAAACUGAAUAAGUCAAACAAUGGGAUGGGCCUCAGCAUUGUAGCUGCAAAGGGAGCUGGACAGGAUCGUCUAGGCAUCUACAUCAAAUCUGUUGUGAAAGGAGGAGCAGCUGAUGCUGAUGGUCAGUUGCAGGCUGGAGACCAAUUGCUGAAAGUUGAUGGACAGAGCCUGGUUGGAAUCACACAAGAGAAGGCCGCUGAAUAUUUGGUACGUACUGGCCCCACCGUUACACUGGAGGUGGCAAAACAGGGAGCCAUUUACCAUGGCCUGGCUACAUUGCUCCAGCAGCCAUCACCAGUCAUGGGCAGAGGACCACGACGAAUGAGUGAACGUGAUCUGCCAUCAAGAAUAAUGAAUGACCAAAGUCACACGAUUGACCCCAGAAGAAAUGUAAUGCCUCAUGCUCCAAUUCAGAGUUCAAAAUCAGUACCUUCUCUUAACAGUGGUAACGGAGACAUAAGUGCAGGGAGAACGCAGGCAGUAGGGCAGCAUGAGGUAUUCAACCCUGGUUAUAGUCGCACCUCUUCAACCAACAGUAUACCACAAAAGUCGUAUGAUGGACCUCCGCACCAGCACAUACCACCGCAGCACCAGCCAACUGUGAAUGGACCUACUGCCCUAAGGUCAAAAUCUAGUCAGAAUUUGAGUGACACUCGCACCCUGCCACCGUCUGUACCCGUUUCCCGGCAGGCAUCAAAUCCUGCACUUCAUGCGCAUCAGGUGGCACAACCACAGCAGCAGAAUGCUCCCCAGCAUGGUGUUGGUGGAGAAAGUGAACGAUUCUACCAAAACCUCAGCAUCUAUCGUAACCAAGAGGUGCACAAUGGAGGCUACCCUCCCUCGAGUCCCAUUCGUGGAAGUGGUCCUCCAGGACAAGGUGGGAAGAUGCCAAGUCCACAAGGUCACUACCAUGAUGCAUCACAUCCAGCUUAUACUGACAGGAGUCCACCACAUCCACAGAAGACUGGAUUACGUGGGUCACAGUCGUCCCUGCAUCGGACACCUGAAAUGCCAGUGAAUGCUAGGGAUCUCAGAGACCGGCCCACAUCUGCGUACAUUCCACAGAAAGACCCAUAUGGCAGCCCACAGCAUGCCCAGGGAAUGACAGCAAGAUCUCAAUCUACAAGAGACAUGUUGCGCCAGGAAGCAAAAUUGCAUGAGAUGCAAGAAGAAGUCAGAAGGCGUGAAAUGCGAGGCAUUACUUCUCCACAACUUCACCAUCCACCACAUCUGACUCGUCCACAAAUGCUGCCAAAUAUGCCUCGUGUACCAAACACAACCUACAAUUAUCCAUCAUCACCACAGCAACAAGUACUGGAACAGGGUUACCACCACUCUCAUCACCCGAUGUCACCUACUUCUCCGACAUACCGACCGGGUUAUGCACCCCCUCCAACAGCACCCAAACCUUCACGCCAACCAUCAGAACUACCUCAGAUGAUGCCAACUCAGUAUCACCACCAUCACCAUCACCAGCAGCAGGCACAACAAACUGAACACGGGUUGUACCGUGAAAGUCCACCACCUCCUCCACCACCUACCUCCACGCAUCCUCUUUAUCAGGGUCAGCAGCAACACCCGCCCUCUCUGCAGCAGCAGCCGCAGCAACAGCAACAACAACAGGAUCACAGAUCUGUUAAUGAUAACAGAUAUGCUGCCAGCAUGGCUGAUCCUCCACGUGGCUCCUACUACCCCUCAUCAACUGGCAAUACUAACCAACCACCACGUCAGUAUCAGUUCAGUGCAACUAAUCCAUGGGAACGAGAAGAACGUGAAAAGGAGAUGCAACGGCGCCGUGAGGCUGCUCGCAUGUGGCGGGACCAGCAAAUAGCAGAACUUUCAGCUCUGCCGCAGCGUACAGCACAGCAGGAGGAACAGCUGCGCGCACUGAAGCUUGAGAGGGAGUUCCAGCGCCGAGCUGAGGAGGCUGCCAAGCAGGAUGAAGAUGAGGAGGGUGAUGAAGACCAGGAGAGCAUCGAGCGUGUGCAAGGCCUUCUGCGCAUGGCGACACUGCAAUCUGAUGUGAGUCCUAAGCCACCACAGCCAACAACGCAACCUUCACAAAACUCAUUGCCACCACGUCCCCCUGUUCAGCACCAGCAGCAGCAGCAACAACAACAACAACAACAACAACAACAACAGCUGCAGCAACAACAACAAGCGGCAGAUGAUAGUGUUGCAAGAGAACGAGCAAGACGUGAGCAAGAAGCAGCUGCUGCACGUCGCAGGCAGGCGGAACUUGAACAGGAGGAGCGUGUGAGGGAAGCAACACAUCGCAGGGAAGAAGAACUGAGACAGAAACACAUGCAGCAGCAGCACCAGAUACAGCAGCAGCAGCAACAGCUGCAGCAGCACCAGCAGGUGUCUCCACCUUUACGGCAGCCCACCAUGGCUCCCAAACCAGGCCCAUUGCGGCUAGAAAGCCUCACAAGCAAUGGUCCAGCUUCUCCACCAGGUGGUCGCUAUCGCCACUACAAUGGAUACCCGCCGCCACCACCAGCAAAUGCUGGGCCGGGGGCAUCAUCUCCUAUGGGUGCUGUCACGGAGAACAGCACAGGUAGCAGUGGUGGUGCAGCACAGCGCCUAGAUUCCCUGCUUGCCUCACCUCCUCCGCCACAGCCACCUGAGAGGGGCUCUUCCUUUGCUGUCAUGUCGCAGCAGCAGAGUGUGCUACGGGCCACAGCUGGAGGACAGGCACAUGGCCACGUUUCCACACCUGUUUCUUCUCCUGUAGCCACGACGACCACAACAACUGUCAAAAGAGUAUCGUUCCACGAUCCGCCGCCCACAUCCUCUCCACCUGCCCCACCGAGCCAGCCACCGCCUCUUGACCAAAUUCGUGAAGAUCCCAAUCAUUUCAUAAAUGAAGCAGAAACAUUGUUGGCAUCACCAAAGAGUCCAGAAGGAGGCUCUUUCCCAAGCAACACGCCAGGUGUUAUAGGUGCUCAGGAAGUUUACAAGGAUCCUAGGGCACGAUUAUUAGCCGCUCAACAACAGCAAAAGAUGUCAACAAGGAUUGGCCAAGUACCAGAAAAGCUGAGCUUUAAGGAGAAGAUGAAGAUGUUUGCGAUGGAAACUGGUGAAGAUGGAACACCACGUGAUAAAGUAAAAAUAUCUAGAGCGCAAAGAGAAAUAGACAAUUUGGCAGCUGGCACUAACACUCCUACAAGCAAUAACAAUGGCACGCCUAGUGCAACUCAGUAAUGCUACGAAAGGUGGAAGAGUGCUAAAUGAUAUUGGAGUGAACUGUGUUAAGUCACAGAAAAACCAGUCCUGUGUACAUUUUAAAAUUUUUCAAAGGCAUUUCUGUGUGUAAUGCGAAUAGCAUUUCUAGUGUUAAAACAAGUUCAAGCCCCCCAGUGGUAACAUUUCUAAGACUGAAAUGUGUGACAUAGUUGAAAAUAAUGAGGCCUUAAAGCAUUUUAUUUCAGUGUUACAGUUUUAUUCAAAUGUACUCUUUAUGUAAUAAAUAUGCUUCAUUAUUUUCCUGCCAUAAAAUUUGAAGUAUUUUUACAGAAGACCUAAAAGGUUAAAUGAUAUAGAUGGAUCUUUGUUUCUCUGUUAUUUUUUUCUAUAGUGCAACUUCUCAAAAAUGUUUUAUCUAUAAGAUUUUGCACUCCUACGUUUUAUGGUUAAGAAGGCUGCUGCUGCUUCUUCUUCUUCCCCACAUCCCAGAAGCAAAGCAGAUGUGUAUGCUUUGUUAACAUUGCAUUCUUUCAAAUCAUUCUUUAUUGUUUUUAAAGAUAAUAAUUGUUAUCUAGCAUGUCGUUACAGAGGCAGUUAUAUGUAAAACAAGAAGCUGGAGGCAUUUGUAGGGACCAUAUUGUUGAUAUAUAACAAAGAAUUUUAAUUAAUUUUAUUCUGUUACUCAUGUCUAUUAUCUGUUUGAAACCAUUAUUGCUAUAUGUGAAAUGAGUGAUGUACUCCUGCAUUAACAUGAGUUCGUGACUCAAAUAUCACCUUAGAAUGUUGCCCAAUGCUCUACUCAGUGAUAUAUUAUUGUUUUUAUCAUAUGAUUUUUCCCUUCCCUACUAUUCCCAUGGCAAUACUUUGAUAUGCCAGUACAACUCCAUAAUUUUCCUAAAAGAGUAAAGAAUAUAUUGCACAUAUGUGAUUAAAGAGAACUGUUAUAUAAAAUGCUUCAAAGAAAAUAGUUUUUUUCGACAAGAUGUGAUGCUUUGUUUGAGGUCAGUGAAAGCUAGAGAACUUUUAUUUUGUGGUCAGCCCAAAGCUGCAAAUCAUAUCAUAUGUACAAUGCUAAUGUAAUCCCUCCACUGUGUACAUAAAAUCCUUGUAUCUAUGUAAAGACAACAUACAGAUAUUUGUGUAUAGAAAUUUAAUUUUUAUUAUUUGAAAUAAAGUUACUCUCAGUUA